GGAAUAAUAGUUAUUUGUUUUAAAAGGGGGCAAAGUUGUUGUUUAGCCGCUCGUGCUAAUAUAGAUACCCGAGCUAACGAAAGAUUCCAAAAUUUAACCACGAGGUCCCACGAGGAGAAAGAUUCCAAAAUUGACGUAGCACUUGGCAUGAAAACUUAGCGUGGUCCGACUCUAAUGUAUAAUUUUUAUUUUUACACUUUUAUUUUUAAACACAGCGGUAUGGCGGGAAACAUUUGAACUUGUGACGUCAUUGAAAUCGUUCAAGUCUAGUUGAGCUACCUAGAAAUGAAAAUAUGUAUAGUCAAUGAAAGUAUUUGUGUAAGGAAUAAAUUUGAAUUGAAUUAAUUUACUUAAUAACCAUUUUAAUAUAUUUAAAAUAAUACAAAUAUGAAUAACCACACUUACAUUAAAGGACGUAGUAGCAGUUUUAAAAUAGGCUCGACCACUUAUUUUUUUUAUCUGUUAUGUCAAUGCUGUCAAUUCAAUUGUCAAUGUCAAAUCAACAGACAAUCAUUUGGACGAUAUGCAGUUUGUUUACUUCCGUUUUUAUUCAAUUACAAAUACAAAUGAUAUCUGAUUUUGCCAAAGAGAAGGUCUUCUGGACCCGAAAGAUGAACCUCAAAUUAGUAAAAUACAUACAGAGUAAACCGAACAUCUGGAACCCGAAGCAUCCCAAAUAUACUUCCGUGGAGUACAGGGACAAAACUUAUGCAGAAUUUGCAGAGAAAUACGGCAAUGAAUUCACAGGACAGGCUGUGAAAGACCGCUGGACGAAUAUUCGGUCUACUUUUGCUAAUUAUGUGCGCAAAAUUACCGCCAGUCGGAUGAAAGGUGAUGGAGAGGAGUAUAAAGUCAACUGGCCUCUAUGGGAGCCCUGUCAGUUCUUAAUGAAAGUCAACAGGAGAGCUAAGGCUGAUACAUCUACUAGUAUUGCCGAAGAAUUUGAGGAUGUUGUUGAUGAGAAAAAAGAUAACAGUGUAGUUUCCACAAAAGAAGAUGGAUGGAGUAGUGAUGACAAUAAUGCUGCCUCAGAUAGUUCCACUACAAACACUAACUGCACAGCUAUAGCAAAUAAGUUAGUUACUGUAUUCAAAGGAGUCCAAAAUGACGCCUUCGGUCUAGACAAUUCUAGAAAUGGAAAAAUAGGCAGAGCAGUAAAUAGAAAACUUUCUCAAAUGAAUUCUUAUGACGCUGCUACGAUGUCUAAUAAAAUUAUGGAAAUAUUAUUGCUCUAUGAUGCGAAUAACCCAUUGAAUCCAAAUACAUUAAAGUCUGAUUAUUUGUAAUGAAA